GACGCGAUAUCAUUGAAACUUGGUAUCGACUGAGCCGGAGAUCGUGGUAUUAUAAACAUAUGAAUCAGUCUGUUAUAUGCAGUAGCUUUCAGGCUCUUAGUAUCCUCGAUUCUGUUGAGCAACAUAGUCCUCUUCGAGAUGAGUAUAAAAUACGCUAAACGCUUUGAAGCGGGGUUCUUAUGCCAUCAUUCAAAUGAUUGUAAGAACUGCAGCAAAAUAUUUGCAUAAGUCCCCUCAAUUCGUUGACAAGUGGGUGCAACGUUACAAAAAGACAAAAUGUGUGGAUGAUUUUCCUGAUCGAAGUUCGAAGCGGGUUACAACGAAAAGUGAAGAUAGAGCGAUUAUGCGGCUUUAUUCAAAAAAUCCAAACCUGUCCUUGCGUAAAGGGCAAGCUCUUUUGGCAAAAAAGGGAAUAAACAUGAGUAUUUUAACACUGAAACGUCGUUUGAAGGAGAAUAAUGUUGCAUGGUGUGGCACAGUGUAACGUUAUUAUAAAAUGAGAAUCAUAUUUAUUAAAAUGUUGUAACAUUUUCCAAAAAUAUUUUUACAAUA